AACAUGGCUGCGAAAUCGCCGGUCACGCACCCAAGUUGAUCCUUUCACGAUCAACCCCCAACCCCCAGCUUUUCCUCUUAAGUCCUACUGCAUCUUACUCGCAAGUUAUGAUUCGUUUCCACGAAUUGAAAUCCCAUGCGGGGUAGCUAUCUGUGGUGCGACUCUCGCGCAGAGGACAUAUUCUGGACCCUGCGGGCGAAGAUGAUGCCUGUAAUUUAUUGCCUACCUAGCGUACAGGUCACUGGUAAAACUAAAAGUAAGAAAAUAGAAGCUACGUACCUACAUACUUAUAUCCAUUCAUCAUGUACGCGGCCCACUGUUGCAAAUGCGGCGGGAUCUUCGUCAUCAACACCAACUGCACUUGGUGCAAGCAUAAGGAAUGCUCGGAAUGCCGCUGAAGUGUCUGUCUUCGAUGAGCUGUGCUCAAGCCCGCUUCUCUUGGCGGUGACGAUGGGGGCACAGACGGUUAACUCUCUCCUCUCUUGCCUAUCGAAUUCAUGGCGGGGCUUGAUCUUCAUUCAUAGCUCAACCCGAAGGAGCCAAGCGGGCAUCAGCGCAGGUCGAAACGGUCAGGUGUUCGUUUUUAUGGUGGGACUUUACGGAAACUUGUCCUGCUUUUUUUUCUACUUUAUCCAAGAUGGCGAUUUAGUUGGUUUGGCUUGGCGUCUUUGGUCCUAUGGCGACGACGAUAGCGAUGGCAUUGGUAAUGGUAUAAUUAUGGAUGUGGGAGAAAAAGCAAUAGGCGCUCGUGGGUUUAUUUUCUCUCCUCUCUACGGUUCGUCGAGGAGGGCGUUUGAUAGUCUGCUAGUUAUAUAUCAAUAUGUUUUUUAUUACUUUGAUUUGAGCCGCCGUAUUGAGCUGUGUAGGGUUCUGUGAUCGUGGGGAUGCCUUGAGAGACCUAGAAAGAUGGCUUUUACAGCGGAUCACGGACGUUCCGUGCUAAAGCCCUAGCGCAC